AUGAUUCGGGCGGCACGGUACUACGGGAGAGAAGAUGUCCGCGUCGAGCAGGUUCCGGCGCCUGUGGUGCGCCCAGGCCAGGUCAAGAUUGCCCCAGCUUUCGUUGGUAUCUGCGGAUCAGAUCUGCAUGAGUAUCUGGGCGGCCCUACCUUCUGCCCUACCACACCACACCCCGUGACCGGCGAGAGCAUCCCCGUCACGCUCGGCCACGAGUUUUCCGGUACCAUCACAGAGAUCGGGCCCGGCGUCACCGGCUUCGAGAUCGGCCAGAGAUGCGCCGUGCAGCCGAUAAUGGUUUGCGGCCAUUGCGUGGCCUGCGCCGCCAACGCCGAGAACGUCUGCCACAAUACCGGCGUCCUGGGGUUGAGCGGAGGAGGCGGCGGGCUUAGCGAUGCUGUCUGCGUGGACGCUGCCCAAGUCUUCCUAUUGCCCGACAACCUGACUCUGGAGAUAGGUGCCCUUGUUGAGCCGCUUUCCGUCGCUUGGCACGCCGUCACUGCCGCGCCUGAAUUCAACCCCGACUCGAUCGUCUUGAUUAUUGGAGGUGGGCCUAUUGGCUUGGCUACUAUCUUGUGUCUUAAGGCCAAGGGCGUCAAGACGAUUCUGGUUUCAGAGAUUGCUUCCGCUCGUCAAAGGUUUGCCUUGCAGUUUGGUGCAACCCAGAUUGUCAACUCUAUUACAGACGAUAUCAAGCAGGUCGUUCUAGAUGCAACUGAAGGCAGAGGUGCUGAUGUUGUUUUCGAUUGCGCUGGAGUUCCUGCCAGUAUUAAGGAGGCUUGCGAGGCUGUCAAGAUACGGGGAACUAUUAUUAAUGUAGCAAUCUGGAAAAACUCCUAUAAGUCUAUCCUUGGAUAUCAAGACAAAGAUUUUCAAGCUGUUAUUGAGCAUCUUCGAACAGGCGUAAUUAAGCCAAAUGAUAUGAUUACUGCAAAGAUUAGGCUAGAAAAUGUUGUUGAGGAUGGUAUCAAGGCACUUGUCACUGAUAAAGAUAAUCAUGUGAAGAUUCUAAUUGAUAUUAAUGCUGAAUAG